AUGAAGAGCUGCUUUCGUGCGGGCGACAGGCAUGUCCGGCACACCCCGUCCCAGGUGGGCUGUAAAUGGUCAUGGGCAGAAGCAGGGCCGUGCGGCAAAGUAUCCGCGCCCCGAGCAGGUUCCCAAAGAGGAGCACAUCGACAUUUUCCUUGCGCAUCGAUUGCUGCAAUGAUUGCAACCGCAGUCCAUGGAUUCCGUGGCUUGCGGGGAAGGCGUCAUGGAAAGCGGAGCGUGAUGGCCGCAGACGAGUCCGAGAAUGAGCGGGAGGCCCCAUCAAGUUUGCAAACUGCGCUGGACAAAAUCUCGAAGGAGUGGCACGAGUUCUGGUUCGGGGAGUACUGGAGUGAAGAAGUUCCAGUGACUGUCGGCCCGCUGACUGUUGUGGGAGUGAUUCUGCUUCUUUACGGAAUUGAGUACUUCUUGGCUCAGUUCUUCCGCUCCUGA